AUGCAUGCCUCGUUGUGGUGGCGUCGAGUGGCCACGGGUGUUGCGGAGCCGCGCCGUACGCCCAAGGCGUCGGAGCUCGCCCAAGCGGCUGCUAUGAGUGCCGCGAUAGGGCACGAGGCGACAGAGCCCCUGGAUCCGACGUUGCGGUAUGCGUUUCUGCGGCACGAGGAAGCGUCUGCGACGCGGCAGCGUCUAUCGCCUGCGGCGCGGCUAGGCAGCAGCAAGGUGCAUGGGAAUGCGAUCGUGAGCAUGCCUGCGUCGCUGCAUACGCGGUUGAGUGCGAUGAUCCGCGCGAGUCACAAGGAGCAGCUGCGCCGUGAUGCGGAGCAUGUAGCUCAGCUGGAGCGCCGCGCGUCGCAUGACGACGGCACUGGGCUGGCGCUGCGUGCGUCUCAGCACUUUGUGCAGCAUCUGCCGCGGCAGCGUGCGGUGCCGCUGUACCUAGCUACGCAGUUUCCUGCACGCUACGCUGUGCUGGUGCGUGUGUUGGACGAGGCGCGGCGCCGGUUAGCCGCGCCGCACGGUGCGUCUGCGUGGCAUCCGACGCACGUCGUCGAUUACUGUGCGCACACGUCGGAGGCGCUGUGGGCGUACGACCACGUAUUUGGUGCGCGCCACCUGCGUGAAUACGUGGCGGAGGCGCGCCACAGCACGCUGCUCAAGGCGCUCGCGGAGCUGCAGGACGACGACGCGUGGUCUCAUAUACGCACUGUAUUUCGUGUGCGUGGCGACAAGCCGCAUGUGCAUCGAGAAGCGCCACAGGACGCAGCGGCGCCUAGGCGCCUCGGCCUCCAUGCCUAUGGCCUGAGCGCCGCUGCGUCCGACACAGCGCGCGAGCGCGAAGUGCUGCGCAUGUGGAAGAGCGAGGCCGAUGUGCUGGUGCUCGUCGAAGAGGCGACGCCGCGUGGAUUCGCAUGUCUGGCCUCGGCGCGCUCGCAGCUCCUGUCGUUGGGCCGCGCCUCUACGACGCCGUGCCAUAUCGUCGCGCCGUGCCCGCAUGAUCAGGCGUGUCCGCUGCUGUCGGAUGCGCCUGCGUCUCGCAAGGCACCGUCAACAUGCUCGUACACGCAGCUCUUCCACAUGCCGCCGUUCAUGCGUGCGACGACGCAGCAGCACCGCGGCGACGCAGCGACGUCGUACUGCUACCUGAUCGUCCAGCGCGGCCCGCGGCCGAGCCUCGAUGCGUCGACGGCGGCCUGGACGCCGCGUGUGCCUGAGCCUCUCCAGCCGCAUGUGCCUCGCAGCGUGCAGCGCCUGGCCGAGUCGGCGCGCAUAGGUGUGCUGGACGCCCUGCGCAGUGGGCGUGAGCGCGACACAAACGAGACGCCGGACGCCACGGACGCGUGCACGUCGGCGCUCGAGCACGCCGGCAUCGACGAGCACCGCGUGAUGCAGACGGAUGCAUACACAUGGCCGCGCCUCCUCCGGCCGCCGCUGAAAAAGGGCGGGCACGUCACGAUGGAUGCCUGCUGUGCGUCCGGCGAUCUUCGGCGCUUCACACUCCCGCGCUCAGCCGGGCGCCAAGCGUACCAGGACGCACGCAAGGUCCUGCAUGGCGAGCUGUACGCGCAUAUGCACGCAGGCAGCCGCUCGUCGACGAGCGUCCCUGCGUCGGCCUCGUCCGCGGACGAGUACGUGCGCCUCGGGCCUGAUGCGCAGUGGGAGGCCCAGACGCACGGCCGCGUGUCGAAGCGCGUCUCGAGUCGCGCACCCAAGCACCGCCUCGCGGACCUCGAUCAUGCGACGCGCACGACGCGCCAACCGAGCCGAAGCGACCUCGACGCGCUCCUGGCCCUCGAUUCGUAG